AUGAAGCUGGACAUUAAAAAAGCGUUCGCGAACCGUUCCGACCGUGUCAAGGGCAUUGAUUUCCAUCCAACGGAACCAUGGGUUUUGACGACACUUUAUUCCGGUAGAGUUGAGAUUUGGAACUUUGAAACUCAGACCGAAGUUAAAUCGAUUGCAGUUACCGACACUCCUGUUAGAGCUGGUCGGUUUAUUGCGAGGAAGAACUGGAUCGUGGUGGGCUCUGAUGAUUUCAAGAUUAGAGUGUUCAAUUACAACACAGGUGAAAAAGUAGCCGAUUUUGAGGCGCAUCCUGAUUACAUUCGCUCGAUAGCAGUACAUCCAACGAGACCUUAUGUCCUGUCUGGUUCUGACGACACCACGAUCAGAUUCUGGAACUGGGAGAAAAAUUGGUCAUUAGAACAAACUUUCGAAGGUCACCAACACUUCGUGAUGAGUGUGGCUUUCAAUCCCAAAGAUCCUAGCACAUUUGCAUCGGCAAGUCAGGAUCUCACCAUAAAGGUGUGGUCUCUAGGACAAGCAACUGCAAAUUUCACCCUCAAUGCUCACGAAACCCGAGGUGUCAACUAUGUUGACUAUUAUCCAUUGCAAGACAAACCUUACUUGAUUACAAGUUCGGAUGAUCGCACAGCAAAAAUUUGGGAUUACCAGACCAAAUCAUGCGUCGCAACGUUGGAGGGACACAUGGCGAACGUUUCUUUCGCAGUUUUUCAUCCUUCACUUCCAAUCAUCGUCACUGGUUCUGAGGACAGUACUUUGAAAGUGUGGAAUGCAAACACGUACAAGUUAGAAAAGACUUUGAAUCUGGGAUUGGAAAGAAGUUGGUGCAUUGCCACGCAUCCGACCGGAAAACGCAACCUCAUUGCUUCUGGUUUUGAUAGCGGAUUUACUAUUUUGUCACUAGGUAACGACGAUCCAAAACUUUCCUUAGAUCCGGUGGGGAAGCUCGUAUGGUGUGGUGGCAAAAACGCCUCAGCAACUGACGUCUUUACUGCUGCUAUCAGAGGUGUAGAAGUGGCGGCAAAUGGGGAACCCUUACCAUUACAGACUAAGGAGCUAGGCACGAUCGAUGUUUUCCCUCAGUCUCUACAGCACUCUCCAAACGGUAGAUUUGUGACAGUUGUCGGCGAUGGUGAAUAUAUUGUCUACACAGCGUUGGCGUGGAGAAACAAGGCUUUUGGAAAAUGUCACGACUUUGUGUGGGGUCCAGAUUCCAACACCUACGCAUUGAUAGAUGAAACGGGACGUGUCAAAUUCUACAAGAAUUUCAAAGAAACUACCUCUUGGUCGGUUCCCUUGGACUUUGGUAUCGAAAAGUUGUUCCCCGGGGCUUUUCUUGGAGUAAAAGCAGAUGGCUUUGUCUACUUCUUCGAUUGGGAAUCAGGUUCUCUUGUCAGACGAAUCGAUGUUGACGCGCGGGACAUCGUUUGGUCGGACAAUGGUGAACUUGUGAUGGUCAUCAACAACACAGACGAGAAUAACACGGAAGAAAGUUCUGCGUAUGUUUUAGACUUCAACAGAGAGGUCUACGAAAACUUCCUUUCUAGUGAGGAAGAGAUUCCCGAGGAUGGCGUGGAAGGGGCGUUUGAAGUUUUAUAUGAAGUGAGUGACACAAUCAGCACUGGAAAAUGGGUUGGUGAUGUUUUCAUUUACACCACGUCCACAAACAGACUCAAUUACUUUGUAGGUGGCAAAUCCUACAAUCUUGCGCAUUUCGACAAGGAGAUGUACAUGCUAGGUUACCUUCCAAGAGACAACAAGGUUUACUUGGCUGAUCACGAUAUCCAUGUCUAUAGCUAUGAGAUAUCCAUCGAAGUCCUGGAAUUUCAGACUUUGGUUUUGAGAGGUGACUUAGAGGAAGCUAAGGCCAACGUGCUCCCUAACAUUCAGGGCAAAGAAAACCUGCUCAAGAUAGCUAGGUUUUUGGAAGGUCAAGAGUAUCACGAAGAAGCUUUGGAGGUAAGUCCUGACAGCGAUCAGAAGUUUGAUUUGGCAUUAAAACUGGGAAAGCUUUCACUAGCUCAAAAUAUAGUGAAAGAAAAUGAAAAUGAAUUCAAAUGGAGACAAUUAGGUGACAAAGCCCUGGAGUGCUUUGAAUUUAAGUUAGCCUUAGAGUCUUACGACAAGGCAUCUGAUCUAGAGUCUCUUUUCCUAAUUCAUUCGUCUUUCAACAAUAAGGACGCAUUGGUAGAGCUAGGCAAGAAAGCGCAGAAGGUUGGCAAGUAUAGCUUGGCGUUUAAUUCCUUCUGGGUUGCUGGGGAUGUGGAUGGAGCAAGGGAGCUGCUGGCAAUCAAUGGAAGAUAUUCCGAAGCUGCCAUUUUAUCCAAAACUUAUAGCGGCGAUGCCGACGGCACUAAUGAGUUGGUUGCUAAAUGGAAAGAUGCCCUUUCUGCUGCUGGAAAAUCCACGAUAGCUUCUAGGAUCCUGGAGAUGAACGGCGACAAGGUUUCAAAGAAUGAAGCACUCGUUGACAUUGACACGAAAGAGAUAACUCCCGAAGCUUCAGUAGAAGAUUCAUCGUCCAUCAAAGAAGUUGAGCUGCCUAAGGAUGUGGAAACUGCCGAGGAAGGUGGUGAAGAGCUACAGGACGAAUCAUAA